CUAGUGACAGGCGCUAAGGCAAGUGCAUCACGGCGACUGACUCUACUGUACUCAGUAUUGUACUAGCUAGCUAUAGUGAGAAAGCUUUCGCUCCUAGGCCUAGUAUAUAUAGUCUCCUCAAACGCUGUGACAAGUCGUAUUUUUCAGGGAAACUUUGAACUGAUCAUGGACUGCAGUCAGUCGUCAGAAUGUCAACGUGUGCAGUGCACUGAACUAAGCACUGCCAACACCGUCGUCCAUUGGUUUCGUCUCGAUGCCCUCCGUCUCCACGACAACCCGGCUUUCGUUGAUGCUGUCCAAUCUCAGGGAAAUUUCAAACCCAUUUUCAUCAUUGAUCCGUGGUUCAAUUCAAACUACAACAACAGCGGGCCUCAGGUUAAUGUUUGGCGAUUUCUGCUCGAGGCUCUUCACGAUCUAGACAGCAGGCUUCAGAAGAAACCGUAUAACACUCGUCUCAAUGUUCUAUAUGGACAACCAAACAUCGUUCUUUCUCAGCUGUACGAGAAAUGGAAUGUCAAGAAAAUCACCUUCCAAGCUUCGCAAAUUAGCUGUGAAUCGAUGAAGCACGAUGAAAUUAUUAAAGUCAUCAGUCAACACCACAAAGUGGAAGCCGUCUCCUAUUACUCACACACUCUCUACGAUCCGCAAUUUGUGAUAAGCCUGAACCAUGGUAAAGUGCCUCUCACGUACAAGGAGUUUCGUCACCUCAUCCCAAUGCUAGGGAAACCCCCCUCACCCAUCCCAGAACCACACCCCAUGUCCGUGUGUCUCAAGGCGCUACCAUCUGAUGCUGUAGCCGAUCCGGACUGUAAGAUUCCCUCGCUGCAAGAUCUCGGAUUCGAAAAAGAUGUGGCCCUCUAUACAAACGAAUGGGUGGGAGGGGAAACCGAGGCUCUCAGUCGAUUGUCGAGUUUUUGUGCCCGUCGUGCGGCCGCUGGAAACGAGCCGCUCAAUUGGCUCACAAGCAAAGACACCCUGAGCAUGUACCUCAAGUUUGGAUGCCUCUCAACUCGCCAGUUUUUCAGUCAGCUUCUCCAGUUUGCUUCCACCUCCGCCAAGGGACAAGAGUUGUUUGAAUUGCUCUCUAAAAACCUCCUCCUCCGAGAAUUUGCAUAUCUCGUCGGAUCUUCCUAUCCCAAAUUCGAUAUCAUGGAGGGCAACCCACUGUGCAUUCAGCUACCUUGGGACACAAAUCCCGAUUACCUCGAGCGUUUCCGUAAUGGCCGUACUGGUUACCCCUGGAUUGAUGCGAUUGUUCGACAAUGUCGUCAAGAAGGAUGGGCCCAUUUUCUGGCCAGGCAAAGCAUCGCCGUGUUCCUAACUCGAGGCUACCUCUGGGUCUCUUGGGUGCAAGGAAAGGAAUUCUUUCAGGAGUUUAUGAUCGAUUUCGAGCUCCCCGUUUCGACCGUGUGCUGGAUGCAAAGCUCUUGCAGUGGGUUUUUCUGCAAUCAGGUUGAAAGCUACGAUCCUUGCUUGAUUGGAAAACAGGUGGAUCCUGACGGUGUCUAUAUCAAGAACUACAUGCCUGAGUUGAGGAAUUUCCCGUCUGAGUAUGUACAUCAUCCGUGGAAUGCCCCUCUCUACAUUCAGAAACAGGCCGGCUGUAUUAUUGGAGAGGACUAUCCCAAACCUAUCGUGGACGUGUGCUCUCAGGGGGAGCUCUGCUGCAAGCGUGUACAAAGUAUCAUGAAAGCUUUGUCUGAUGUCUACGGUAGCGAGUAACUUAUCGCAUUAUUUAAACUUUACUGCUGCUGCGUACUUAUAAAUAAUGUGAACAUUUAAAAUCACUUUAUACAUCUGCCUAUUGAGUCAGUAUAAAUGGAUGUUUUGAUUUUCAUAAUUCUGUUUUUGGUGUAUCAUGUUCAUUCAUUGAUUUUUGUCUCCUGUUUGCCCCAACUCAUGAACCUUGUAUUUGCAACAUUCUUGCUAAAUAUGA